AUGGACGCGCUGAAAUCCACGGCUAACCAGACUCUGACGUGGAACGGCUCGCCCGCAUUCGAAUCUACCGGUUCAGCGAUGUUGGACGCCUUCCAGCACUUGAACAGGUACGCGUCAUGGGAUAUCAUCGACUCGUGUUUGUCGAAAGCCUGGGAGGAAGAUCCUGCCCUCACCCUCAGGCUGAUAUGGAAUACCAGAAGUAUACAUGACGGGAAAAGCGAGAAGGAGUUGUUCUACCAAGCCUAUGCCUGGUUGUACAAGAACCACCCUAGAACAGCCAUAACGAACCUGCCACAGCUGGUGGCUCCAGUCUGCAAACGCAAGCAAAAAGAUGGAAAGCGUCGGCACGGGGCGUCCCACGGCUAUUGGAAGGACCUACUCAAUAUCCUUCUCCUUGCGACUUCGGACGAGCUGGGCGGCUUAGCGGCGCGCGUCGCCGAGCACGUGAAGCUGAACGCCGAGCGGAAAGCGAAAGCGAAGGCUGAGCGUGCGAAGGCAGCUGCAGAGGCAUACGGUCACUUGGAGCGAAAGCUUAAGGACAAGAAAUAUCGAGCCUUGUACAUCGCCGUCGCACGGCUGUUUGCAGACAAGCUCGCCGAGGACCUGCAAAUACUUCAGAAAUUGCGGGGCCUGCCGGACAAUAAGGAGCAUCGCAAGGAGCGGUCAGACCUCCUGUGGCAGCUGUCUCUCGCUGGGAAAUGGGCGCCGACGCCAGGCCAGGCGCACGACCGGCGCACGAACAUCGCGACGGCCGUGUGCUACCUGCUGCGCGAGUCGGGGCAUAUCCGCUCGUCCGUGCCCCCCCAGGGGCGAUCCGGGUGGCAGGUACUGGAGACGCACAUAUUCCGGUCGUACUACCAGCGCUGGGUUCUGACGCCUCUCCGGGCGGCGCUGCGCGUCCCGGAGCCACUGAUGUCGGCGAACCGGUGGACGGAGAUCCAGUACAACCGCGUCCCGUCGGUCUGCAUGAACGUGAACAUGGUGCAUUUCGCGCGGCACGACAGGGACGGGUUCUUGCGGUACAUGGUGAACGUCGAGUCGGGUAAGAAGACGAUCAGCGGCGCAACUCUGAUGCCGUACGAGGUGGUCAAGGGCGUCAUGGACCUCGAGCAGGACUUGUGCUACGAGCCAGACGCCCGGGCGAAGAAGCCGUCGCUGCAAGACGUGAAAAAGGAUAUGGCGGAGAUGAAGUUGCGGGUUCUCGAGGGGCAGUGGAAGUCCCUUGUAGCGCGGCUACGGGAGUCAGGGGCAGUGGAGAACUCGCUCGCAGUCUGCGACGUCUCUGGUUCGAUGAUGUGGGCCAAUGCCAACCAGAAGAACGUGCAGCCUAUAUAUCCCGCCAUUGCUUUGUCUCUGAUCCUGGCGCAACUCGGGAAGCCGCCGUUCAAUAAUGGGUUCAUCACCUUCUCGGCGAAUCCGAAAUUCGUACAGGUGGAUGUCGAGACGAACGGCUUGAGGAAGAGCGUCCAGCAGAUGGUGAAGGCGGAGUGGGGGAUGAAUACGAACCUGCACGCCGUCUUCGUCGAUCUGCUGUUGCCCCUUGCAAUCAAGAACGAGAUCAGACAGGAGGACAUGAUCAAGCGCCUGUUCAUAUUCUCGGAUAUGCAGUUCGACAGCGCGGAGGGCACGUCGGUGGACCCAGCGGACUGGCAGACGAACCAUGACGCGAUCGAGAAGGCGUAUCAUGCGGCAGGCUACGAGAUGCCUGAGAUCGUCUACUGGAACCUCUGCGACUGCUUUGCAAGCGUCCCGGUCGAGGCCGAGCGGACAGGCGUUGCCCUGAUGUCAGGGUUCUCGUCAGCGAUGCUGAAGACCUUCAUGGGCGAGGAUGACGAGUCCGAGCAGGAGGACUGGAUAGCUGCUGGAAAGGAAGAAUUCAAUCCUAUCAACAUCAUGAAAAAAAUCCUAAGCAGAGCUAGCUAUGAUGGACUUGUGAUCGUGGACUAA